UGUUGUUGCAUUUUCAUAUUUUAUUCGAUCUGAUGUAUUUUCAGGAUGGCUUUCAAGCAAACCCAGUUCUAUAUUUAAAUAACACUCUUAAAUUCCCUCUUCUUCCUCUUAUUUUACAUUAUAAUAAUUCCACAUAUAAAAUCUUUGAAACAUACGGUAUUUGCAUAUUACUAUUUUAUUUUCCCCCUCUUUCCCCUCCUUCCUCUAACAGUGUGUCAUCUGAAUAACUUAACCUGUGUGCUUUUAUUCAUAUUCCUUUUCUAACCACUCAUAAAAUCACCCCCAAGUCUUGAAGUAUACCGAUUCCUACUUAUCUUUUAUUCUCAGUGUUACCCUAUUCAUUUCUGCGCAAUCUAUAAAUCUUCAUUGGUUUCUUUUUCUUUCUCACCUUUGUGGUGCCCCCUUUGGGCCUGGUGCCCUAAGUACGUGCUUAGUUUGCUUAAUGGUUAAUGCAACACUGAACAUCAUCUAUCAUGGAUGGAGUUACCCAGUUGGGUAAUGAAACAUCUGCCAGAAAAGGACCCCGCUCAGAGAGCACCAAGGACCCCCCAAUUCAACCAGGAGCUACAAAUAUUCGCCUUAGGAGCUACAAAUAUUCGCCUUUCUUGGUUCAGUCCUUUCCUUAGAUGGCCCCAGAAAAAUCCAGCGGGGACUAACCAUCCCGUAGCCAACACAGGGAUCACCCCGGCGGAGAGGCUUCUGCCACCGUCCUUUUUCUCCUCUUCUGCACCGGGAGCUCUGGCCAAACUUCGACUCUCCUCUGACUUUGCGGCGUUGUUGCGCAGGCGGGAGAUGUCUUUCGCCUUGCAGGAUCCCGGCCGCUGGAGCGCGCCGGGCAAUGAGCGGAGGAGGAAGAGGAGGAGGAGGAGGAAGGCAUAAUUAGGCGGGGCGGGGCCUUACGGACAGAUGUGCUUCGGCCCGUCCAGCGACAACAGCAGCCGCAGCCGCCGUCACCGGCCGCCCUGUCCCGCGUUCGCCCACCGGCUGUGCGCUCGACCCGCCCCCGCCGCUCCUGGCCCAGCCGCGGCCUGCCUCCCCUCGGGCUCCGGCGGCUGGGCGGGCGUUGCUGUUGCUGCUGCUGCUGCAUGGAGAAGGCGGGGAUGCUGUGCGGACUGCGGGCGGGAUGGGGGCGCAGCAGAGCCGCCGCCGGCCCGGGACGUGCGCUGUGCGAGGCCAGCAGCAGCGGCGGCUGCAGCUCCGGCCGCGCGCCCGGCGGGGAGCCCGAGCUGGAGGCGGCGGCGGGCACCGGAGGAGCCCGCGAGGCUCUGGCGGGCUGGGAUGAAGCCGGAGGCGGCCUUCUCUGGGGCCAGAUAGCUUCCCGCGGGGGCGGAGGCGACGGCGGGGGCUGCUGCUGCUGCUGCGGGGAAGAAGCGGAGCAGGCGGCGGGCGAGAGCGACGGGGCCGGGGUCUCCGCCGCCGGCGAGUGGGGCGCAGCUGCCAACCCGAGGAUGGCCGCGCCGCCGGGCUACCCGCUCUCGGACCCGGGCUCCAACAGCGAGCGCAGCGCCGACUCGCCCCUGCCCAGCGACGGAGGAGGAGGAGGAGGCAGCGGCGGCUGCUCGGCCGGGCCCUCCCGCGCCGGCCCGGAGAGCCCUGAAUGGGGCGAGGAGCGGUUCCGCGUGGACCGAAAGAAGCUGGAGGCCAUGCUGCAAGCUGCUGCUGAAGGAAAGGGGAAAAGUGGAGAAGACUUUUUCCAGAAGAUUAUGGAAGAAACGAACACCCAGAUUGCUUGGCCCUCUAAACUGAAGAUUGGUGCGAAAUCCAAGAAAGAUCCUCACAUCAAAGUCUCUGGAAAAAGGGAGAAUGUUAAAGAAGCUAAGGAAAAGAUCAUGUCUGUCUUGGAUACAAAAAGCAACCGAGUCACUCUGAAGAUGGACGUAUCUCACACUGAGCAUUCUCACGUCAUUGGCAAAGGAGGGAAUAAUAUUAAAAAAGUGAUGGAAGUAACAGGCUGCCACAUCCAUUUUCCAGACUCUAAUCGAAACAACCAAGCGGAAAAAAGCAAUCAAGUGUCUAUCGCAGGGCAGCCAGCCGGAGUGGAAUCUGCCAGAGUUAGAAUACGGGAACUGCUGCCCUUGGUGUUGAUGUUUGAACUACCUAUAGCUGGAAUCCUUCAACCUAUCCCCGAUCCAAGUUCUCCCACGAUUCAGCAUCUGUCGCAGACAUACAAUAUUUCGGUGUCCUUCAAGCAGCGUUCCCGGACAUACGGCGCUACUGUCAUGAUCAGAGGCUCCCAAAAUAACGCGAGUGCUGUGAAGGAAGGAACAGUUCUGCUCUUGGAGCAUCUGGCUGGCAGUUUGGCGUCUGCGAUCCCGGUGAGCACCCAGCUGGACAUAGCAGCUCAGCACCAUCUCUUUAUGAUGGGCCGAAACGGCAGCAACAUCAAGCAUAUCAUGCAGAGAACUGGUGCUCAGAUCCACUUCCCCGAUCCUAGUAAUCCCCAGAAGAAAUCCACAGUCUACCUCCAAGGCACAAUCGAAUCAGUCUGCCUUGCCAGACAAUAUCUCAUGGGCUGCCUUCCUCUUGUGCUGAUGUUCGAUAUGAAGGAAGAAAUUGACGUAGAACCACAUUUUAUUACCCAGCUGAUGGAGCAGCUAGAUGUCUUCAUCAGUAUUAAACCAAAGCCAAAGCAGACGAGUAAGUCUGUGAUUGUGAAGAGCGUUGAGCGAAAUGCCUUAAAUAUGUACGAAGCACGGAAAUGUCUCCUGGGUCUGGAAAGCAACGGCAUUGCCGUAGCAACACACCCCUCCCCCAUCUCUUGCCCAGUUGGCCUUCCUUGCCCUGGCUUGGACAUCUUGACCUCAGCUGGCCUUGGACUAACUGGACUUGGUCUUUUGGGUCCAACCACUUUAUCUGUCAACACAUCCACAUCUCCAAACUCCCUCCUAAAUGCUCUCAAUAGUUCGGUUAGUCCUUUGCAGAGUCCAAGUUCAAACACACCAAGUUCAACUUUCUGGGCUUCCUCAAUCGCUAAUACAAGCACUACAGGUUUCUCUGCUAUUCCUCACCUGAUGAUGCCGCCUACAGCACAAGCCACAUUAACCAGUAUCCUGUUGUCGGGAGUGCCCAACUACAGUCAAAGCACACCAUCUCCCCCUCCUGGCUUAACACCUGUUGAUAUUCAUGUGAAUGGCAUGCAAGUAGAGAACAAGAAAAAUGCAACCUCAUCAUUAAAUGGUCAUGUAAAGACCUCAGCUAUGAAGUAUCCUGCAUUCUCUGCCACAGCUCUCGGUGAAAAUGUAUUAAGCGCAAACCACAGCGAACCUUCUCGGACGAUUGGUAGCCAUAAUGCCUCUGAACAAGUGACGGCCAAGACAAACCCUGGCGAAGGUUGCAAUGAUGCUUUUGUAGAAGUGGGCAUGCCCCGGAGUCCUUCGCACUCCGCUAAUGCCAACGAUCUCAAGCAGAUGAUGAGCGCCUCGAAGCAAUCCUGCACAAAGAGGCAGGCGGUGGAAUUACUGCAAGGCACCAAAAAUUCUCAUUUACACGCGGGCGAGAGAUUGCUGUCGGAUUCUGAGAUGAGUGCUUCAGAGACCACAGUGGCUGAUAAAAAGGCACCUGGAAGCGAAAGGGCAGCAGAGAGGGCGGCCGCGGCACAGCAGAACUCUGAAAGAGCGCACCUGGGCCCCCAGUCGACAUAUGUGGACAUGCAGGCAUUUGACUACGAACAGAAGAAGCUACUGGCAACCAAAGCUAUGCUGAAAAAGCCUGUUGUUACGGAGGUGAGAACUCCCACCAACACCUGGAGUGGGUUGGGCUUUUCCAAAUCGAUGCCAGCCGAAACAAUUAAGGAGCUGAGGAGGGCCAACCACGUAGCCUACAAACCAUCUAUGUCGACAACCUAUGAGGGUUCCUCCAUGUCUCUCUCCCGAUCCAACAGCCGGGAACACCUGGGGAGCGGGAGCGAUUCCGAUAACUGGAGAGAUCACAAUGGCAUCAGUUCAACUGCUCCGGGCGACUUUGUUUCUUCCAUCAGCAGCCCUAAACGGAAACAGAAAUCAAGCGAGCAUUAUCUCAGCAGUAGCAACUACAUGGAUUGCAUCUCCUCCCUGAUUGGAAGCAACGGCUGUAACCUGAACAGUCUGUUUAAGGGAUCUGACCUACCUGAGUUAUUCAGCAAACUGGGCCUGGGUAAAUACACAGACAUAUUUCAGCAACAAGAGAUUGAUCUUCAGACGUUCCUCACGCUAACAGAUCAGGAUCUGAAAGAGCUUGGAAUUACCACUUUUGGUGCACGAAGGAAAAUGCUUCUGGCAAUCUCAGAACUGAACAAAAACCGAAGAAAACUCUUUGAACCCUCCAAUGUCCGAGCCUCAUUUCUGGAAGGCGGCGCUAGUGGACGGCUGUCUCACCAAUACCAUUCGGACAUUGCCAGCGUGAGCGGUCGUUGGUAGCAGGAACAGGAGGCUUUUACAGUUGACUGCACAACUCCAUGGAUACGGCAAUCCUGUGGACCAUCACCACUGCACACCACCCUCUGCACUUGGGAGUUUAGGUACCAAGGACCAAAGUCUUUUUUUUUUUUGCACAACUUCCUGUGGCGAAAGAAAGAGAGAAAGAACACUUGUCUGUCUUUCCACGCACCCAAUGUGGAUUACGCCUUACUCUUCUAGAUUGGACAGAAUUUGCAAUAAUAUUGGGGGGGGGUUGGGGUGUUUGGUAUUUUAUGACUUAUAAUAACUAUAUUGUAUGCACUGAAUGGAUUUUUUAAAAACUUUUUUGAAUAGAGAGUGAUGGGCAGGGAUGCCAGAGGGGGUCAUUGCUUAUGGGUUUUUUUUAUCAAGGAAAUUUCUGGUACUGCUUAAUAAUUAAUAGAGGUCUUUCUGCACUUUAUGUGUUCGGAUUGCUUUUCCUGUGGAAAUUUUUAUUACUUUCCUCUAAUUUCCAUGGGAAAAAAAAAGAUUACGGUAGUGGCGCUAACCAAUGUUUGCCAGGUGCAUUCCACUCCAGGUGAAAAGGCUCCCCCCCCCCAUAAAAGGUACUAACGAGUUGAAAUGUAGAGAGGAUGGUGAUGGUUUUAUUUAGACAACUGUAGGGAAUUUUCCCGUAAUCAGUUCUAUGAAGAGGAGUCUGCAGCCUCCUUUGGAAGGAAGUCUUGAGAAAUGUUUGCGACUGAGUUUGCCCGCUGCAAACCAAGCAGUGAAAGACCAAAACAGAGUGUGUUGCCAUCGCUAAUCCUAGUUAGCUGCUGCCUUCAAUGCUAAACCGGAUUUUAAUGAUGAUCUCAAACCAAGGACUGUUUUUAGUAUAAACUGCCACUAAAGGACACUUUAUUUAUAGCAAACGUCUUAUUUUUAGAACCUGUACACUUAGAGCGCAUAAGAAAUUAAACUGAUUCUACUAAAGAGUUUAUGGUAGAGGAACAUGAAGCAUAUCUCUAGGCCCUUCAUUCAUUUGAACAGAGCAUACAUUUCAUUUGACAAGACUUGUCUCUAUUCCCCUACGGGACAUUGCUGACAUGAUUCUCCCAUUUAAGAGCUGGUCAGGUUGUGACAUCUGCCUCCUUGACUUAAGUCCACGAUUGUCUGCCACCAAGGUUUUGAGUUGGGCUACUUCCAGAACUCUGUAUUUGAGCAAAGAAUUUGUGGGAUGUCUUGGUAGGGCAAACAGUGAUGUUCUCACCUUGUAAAAGAUCUAGAAAUCCAAUUAUAUUGUCUCUGUCAAAUGAUUUGGUAUAAAUUUAUGAAGGAUGAAAUGAAGUUGCCUCUCAGUGAUGCAAAAUGAUGUUUCUGAACACGAAUUUAUCAAUAGAAGAAAAACAACAUUCCCAUUGCAUAUAUUGUGAAUUACUUGUACUGUAAUUUUUCCUUUUUUUUAUUUAUGUACAAUGUACAAACCCUUUAGGGUGGAGGCAAACCACUCUCCAGAAAGGCAUUAACAAUUACCAUGGUGGUUUUUAAAUAUAUAUAUAUAUAUGUAUAGAUAAAUAUGCAACAUAGAGGUGAGGAAGUGUUUUGACACUUUUUGUGGAUAUAUUUCAUUUCCGUCAUGAAGGAGACACCAACACAAAGGGAAGAUUAGAAAGGUGAAAGCUUAGUUAAAAUUAGAAAAUAAUAAUCAGCUGUACGUCAGAAUUCAUUUUAAUCACAACCUAUGACAUCUCAACAGCUUCUCACUCCUGCUGAAAUAGCUGCUGAUAUUUCUCUGAUUUUUGGGAAAAAAACGGCCGGAUGAGCACAGCAAGUGCUUUUUCUCAGUCUGGAGUUGUGCAUUAUUCAGGAAACAAAUAUUGGGUUUUUUUUUCUUUUGAAACAUAGUCUGUCUGUCAAUUUGUACAUAAUGGAGGUCCAGAUAUUUUCAAAGAAUGCUACGUGUUUUAUCGUGGCUGCUCCCUUCGGUGGGAAACUCGGCAUUGUGUUGUGAAGCACAGCCCUUGUUGUUAGAAGUUCAGGACCUCGGGAGGUGGUGAAGCAUUUCACCCCAUGUGGAAAACUAACGUUGUUUAAUCUGUGCCAGAGUGAUUCAGUUGAGUCUUUUGGUUUACGUUGAGACCUAACCCACAAUGUAUUCCACUGGAGAUUUCUCUCUCUCUCUCUUGGAUUUUGUGAUAUUUUCCCCCCCAGUUUGAACUCAAAUGGCCGAAUGCUUUGAUAGUGAUACCCUUGGAAGACGCAUUUAAGCUGCAGUGGUCUAUACUGAAGCAAAGAAUGUCUGAGAUAUAACGGGAAUAAGAAAUUCCCCUUCCACUGAGACACCCACCCACAUACCCCACUGGGAAAGCAAAACUUUGUUACUCAUUUGGAU